AUGAAUUCUACGGUUAGUAGUUCACCUAAAGAAGAAAAGAAGGCACUUGAAGAAGAAAAAUCAGAAUCAAAGCAGGGUGCCCCAGGACAAAUGCAAAAUAUCCAAGUUUCUAUCUGUAUGCAGUCAGCUUACAAUGAAGGAACACUAAUGAAGUUUCAGAAAAUUGCAGGUGAUGCUAGGAUUCCUUUGCCUCUCGACUCCUUCCAUGUCCCAGUCUCUAGUCAGGAGGUCUUAGAAACUUCCAAAGACAACCUGGGGUCCCAGUCACAGAGCAGCGGCAGGAGUCUUCGGAAGAUUUCAUUGCUAGAACAUGUUCUCCUUCAGCGGACGUCAGUUCUGGGACUGGAAGUCAAAAAAAAGAAGAGGAAUUAUCUAGAAAUAGCAGGUCUUCUUCAGAGAAAAUGA